AUGGCAAGGAAUGUAGGGUUCUUCAUCUGCUUCUUGAUCAUAGCCAUGGAUGUUUCAGCAGGAAUUCUCGGCAUUGAAGCUGAAAUAGCUCAGAACAAGGUGAAGCAUUUGAAGAUGUGGAUAUUUGAGUGUAGAGACCCGAGUUAUACAGCCUUCAAGUACGGUUUAGCUGCGUGCAUCCUUUUGGCCUUAGCCCAUGUAACGGCUAAUUUGCUUGGUGGGUGUCUCUGUGUUGUCUCAAGACAAGACCUUGAAAAAUCCUCAGCCAACAAACAGCUUGCCGUGGCUUCUCUGAUAUUCUCCUGGAUCAUAUUGGCAAUUGCUUUCUCAAUGUUGAUCGUAGGGACGAUGGCAAACUCAAGAUCGAGGAAAUCUUGUGGGAUUUCGCACCAUCGGGUUUUGUCCGUAGGAGGGAUCCUCUGUUUCAUUCAUGGCCUCUUCGCUGUUGCUUAUUACAUCUCUGCAACUGCUUCAACAUGCGAACAAACACACACAGGCCAUGCUUAA